AAGCCAGUGAAUUAGGGCUUUCUCUCAGUUGUUGAAGCCGCUUCUUCUUCUUCUUCACUGUGCUCGGCGUCGCAACCAUUUGAAGAUCCUUAACCAUGGCGGUCGGCAAGAACAAGAGGAUUUCAAAGGGUAGGAAAGGAGGAAAGAAGAAGGCUGUUGAUCCUUUCUCCAAGAAGGACUGGUAUGACGUGAAGGCUCCUUCUUCAUUCACCCACAGGAAUGUUGGGAAGACACUUGUUUCCAGAACUCAGGGUACCAAGAUUGCCUCUGAGGGACUGAAACACAGAGUUUUUGAGGUAUCUCUUGCUGACCUUCAAAAUGAUGAGGAUAAUGCUUACAGGAAGAUCCGCCUUAGAGCUGAGGAUGUUCAGGGAAGGAAUGUGUUGACCCAGUUCUGGGGUAUGGAUUUUACCACAGACAAGCUAAGGUCAUUGGUGAAGAAGUGGCAGUCUUUGAUUGAAGCCCAUGUUGAUGUGAAAACCUCAGACGGCUACACCUUGAGAAUGUUCUGCAUCGGCUUCACGAAGAGACGUGCUAAUCAAGUGAAGCGUACUUGUUAUGCUCAAUCCAGCCAAAUCCGUCAGAUCCGUAGAAAGAUGAGUGAGAUUAUGGUGAAGGAGGCUUCAUCUUGUGACCUCAAGGAGCUUGUUGCAAAGUUCAUCCCAGAGGCAAUUGGAAAAGAGAUUGAGAAGGCAACACAGAGCAUCUACCCAUUGCAGAACGUGUUCAUCCGUAAAGUGAAGAUCCUUAAGGCACCCAAGUUUGACCUUGGAAAGCUCAUGGAGGUGCAUGGAGAUUACACAGCAGAAGAUGUUGGUGUGAAGGUAGACAGGCCAGCUGAGGAAACGGUGGCUGAGGAGCCAACUGAAAUCAUCGGAGCUUAGGGGAUUAUAGAUUUGUUUGUUUUUCUUUGGCCCAAAAAAAGAACCUAGUGUUAUGUCUCCAUUGAUUUAGAGUUUCUUUUUGGAAAGAGAACUCUACUUCAUUGUGACUGGUUUUGGACUCGUUUUUGAAGGAAGAACUAUUAAUACUCUUAUUGUUUAUCCUGUUUUUUAUAUUUAUGUGUCUCAGCAGAAUUUUUCAUUC